UCCGUAGCGCAAGGCCGGCCUGAGGGACCGGAGGGACGGAAAAAGCGCAGGGCCUAUUUGGUCGCUCCGGGGUCUCUCUGGCGUCGCCCGGUCAGUGCUCUCAUAGGCACCACGUGGUCGGGGACGCCGCCGGGCUCUCACGAGGCGUCGUCGCAGGGCCGCGCCCAUGUUGCGUUUUCCGACCUGCUUCCCAUCCUUCCGGGUGGUGGGAGAGAAGCAGUUGCCGCAGGAGAUCAUUUUCCUGGUGUGGUCGCCCAAGCGGGACCUCAUUGCUUUGGCCAACACCGCGGGCGAGGUUCUACUUCAUCGACUUGCAAGUUUUCAUCGAGUUUGGAGUUUUCCACCAAAUGAAAAUACAGGAAAGGAAGUAACCUGUCUGGCUUGGAGACCAGAUGGCAAACUUUUGGCCUUUGCCCUUGCUGACACCAAGAAGAUUAUUUUGUGCGAUGUAGAAAAGCCUGAGAGCUUGCACUCCUUCUCUGUGGAGGCUCCCGUCUCCUGCAUGCACUGGAUGGAGGUCACUGCCGAGAGCAGUGUUCUUACGUCCUUCUAUAAUGCUGAGGAUGAGUCAAACCUUCUUUUGCCCAAGCUCCCCACGUUGCCAAAAAAUUAUAGCAACACCUCAAAAAUAUUUAGUGAAGAAAAUUCUGAUGAAAUUAUUAAGCUCUUGGGAGAUGUCAGGCUUAAUAUUCUUGUCCUUGGAGGAAGCUCUGGAUUUAUUGAACUUUAUGCUUAUGGAAUGUUCAAAAUUGCUCGAGUCACAGGGAUUGCUGGGACUUGUCUUGCAUUAUGUUUAUCAAGUGAUUUGAAGUCAUUAUCAGUGGUCACAGAGGUGUCUGCCAGUGGUGCUCAAGAAGUUUCAUACUUUCAGCUUGAAACUAAUCUUUUAUAUUCCUUCUUGCCUGAAGUAACUCGGAUGGCUAGAAAGUUUACUCACAUUUCAGCUCUUUUGCAGUAUAUAAAUUUAUCACUGACAUGCAUGUGUGAAGCGUGGGAGGAAAUACUGAUGCAGAUGGAUUCCCGUCUGACCAAGUUUGUGCAGGAGAAGAACACGACCACAUCAGUGCAGGAUGAAUUCAUGCAUCUGCUGCUAUGGGGCAAAGCAAGUGCUGAGCUCCAGACGCUAUUGAUGAACCAGUUAACAGUGAAGGGCUUGAAAAAGCUCGGCCAGUCCAUAGAGUCGUCGUAUUCCAGCAUCCAGAAGUUGGUCAUAAGUCACUUACAGAGCGGCUCAGAAUCCUUGUUAUACCACUUGAGUGAACUGAAAGGGAUGGCUUCGUGGAAGCAGAAAUACCAACCUCUUGGACUGGAUGCUGCGGGAAUUGAAGAUGCUAUUACUGCUGUGGGUUCUUUCAUACUCAAAGCAAAUGAACUUCUUCAGGUUAUAGAUAGCAGUAUGAAAAACUUCAAAGCAUUUUUUAGGUGGCUGUAUGUGGCAAUGUUGAGAAUGACAGAAGACCAUGUGCUCCCCGAGCUGAAUAAGAUGACUCAAAAGGAUAUUACAUUUGUUGCUGAAUUCCUUACUGAGCAUUUCAAUGAGGCUCCAGACCUUUAUAAUCGAAAAGGAAAAUACUUUAAUGUUGAAAAAGUUGGUCAGUACUUGAAAGAUGAAGAUGAUGAUCUCGUGUCUCCCCCCAACACAGAGGGAAACCAGUGGUACGACUUUCUCCAAAAUAGCAGCCAUCUUAAAGAAAGUCCUUUGCUGUUUCCUUAUUAUCCUCGAAAAUCAUUGCAUUUUGUGAAAAGGCGGAUGGAGAACAUUAUUGAUCACUGUUUGCAAAAGCCAGCAGAUGUAAUUGGAAAAUCGAUGAAUCAGGCAAUCUGUAUUCCAUUGUACAGAGAUGCUAGAAGUGAGGACUGUACACGUAGACUGUUCAAAUUUCCUUUCCUGUGGAAUAAUAAAGCUUCAAACCUGCAUUAUCUUCUUUUUACCAUUUUAGAAGAUUCACUUUAUAAAAUGUGCAUCUUACGGAGACAUACUGAUAUUUCCCAAUCUGUAAAUAAAGGAUUGAUUGCCAUUAAAUUUGGCAGUUUCACAUAUGCCACAACUGAGAAAGUCAGAAGAAGCACCUACAGCUGUUUAGAUGCCCAGUUCUAUGAUGAUGAAACGGUAACAGUCGUUCUUAAAGACACAAUAGGACGUGAAGGAAGAGACCGGCUGCUGGUCCAGUUGCCACUGUCUUCAGUAUAUAAUAGUGAGGAUUCUGCGGAGUGUCACUUCCCAGGGACAUACUCUAAAAGGCUGGAUGAACAGUGCAGUAUCAUCCCCACACGUACCAUGCACUUUGAGAAGCACUGGAGGUUACUGGAAAGCAUGAAAGCUCAGUAUGUGGCUGGGAAUGGUUUCCGAAAAGUGUCCUGCGUGUUAAGUUCUAAUCUCCGUCACGUGAGAGUCUUUGAAAUGGACAUCGAUGACGAGUGGGAGCUGGAUGAGUCUUCUGAUGAAGAAGAGGAGGUGGGCGGCCAGCCUAUAAAGAUAAAGGAGGAGGUGCUGUUCGAGUCUGAGGCAGGCCCCCUGCCUACCACCCCCACUGCUGCUUUGGCCCCCGAGAUUGUCAUUAAGGUGGAGAAACUGGACCCUGAGCUGGAUUCCUGAGCCAACUGGCUUGUUUGUGUGUCAUGGCAGGAAGGACACGGGACAUGGGCUGAAUGUCGUGGCCCGCUCUUGAUUUUCUUUGUGUAACAAAGAAAUAAACAGUAAAUUUUAUUUUUUCAUAUUUUUUGCUGAGCUUUUUUUUUUUCUUUCUUUCUUUUUUUUUUACUAUGUGCAGAGCUAGUGUUAAAGAAAGCAUAAAUUGAAUGUGAAAAGAAAGGUCAGUCUUUUCUGUCAAAAGAAUUAUUCCCAUUUGGGAAGAAAUUAGUCAUUCACCACUGGGAAUUUUGAUGCAUUUAUUUUUAAACUUAGCAUUUACCAUUUUUCCACCUUCCCCUUUUAGUUCACUUUAGGUCUCUAGAAUACUUUGAAACUAAUAUUUUGAAAUAGAAUGUACUGAUUCACUCUAAUACUAAGUCAAAGAAAUGGAUCCUGCCUUUUAUGAUUUAAAUGGCCAAAACACAGCUGGAUACUUGGAUUGUUUGAGUAAGCAAGGUUUAGAUCUGUCCUUUUCCCUCUGUAUGCUUGGUCAAGGACAUGCAGUAGCUUUCUGUUUGACCACAAGGGAAUAUGAAAAAUAUGAAUCAGCUAAACAUAAUACAGCAUUAGUACAAAUGAGUUCAUGUUGACUUCUAAAUGCUCAUUUCUACAGUAGGAUAGUAGUUAGUCUGCAGCGACUUUCAAAGAUGUCCUAUUUUAUCUUUGAAUUUUGUUACCACUCGCUGAUAAAAGCUCAC